AUGUCGCGGGAGGUCGACUACACCGACAUAUCCGGCACAACACGACAAGCACCCAACAUCAUCCUCAGCCUUUCGCAGCAGGUGCCCACUGCGAUACGGAACGGUCGCUUUACCCGACCGCCACCUAACAAUCCUGACACAGAGACAAUUCUCAAGUCCUCCCCACAUACUACCUACCAAUACAAUGGCGGGACGUCCACAGAGCUCUAUGAGGAACGCUCUGUCCGGUAUCGACACGAAGAAUACAUCACGACGCUUCUCUUCUUCCAGAGCUUCGACCCAAGUGCUAACUUUGUGUUCAAAGAACUCAACUCUGCCGUGCAUCUGCAGUUUCGUGAGGCUCACGAAGGCCACAAGCCUCAUGCCGGACUCGACCCUUCUCGUGCCUCGACCGGUGUAGUCUGGACCACCGAGCGAGCCUACGAGCAUGGCUUCGCAGAGGAACCUCACCUCUGGGCCAACCUGGGUCAAGGUGCUCCCGAAGUCGACGACGAGAUCGAGGGCUGCUUCGAGCGACCACAUACCAUCGACGUCUCCAUGACCGGACGAGAGUACGGACCAACCGCCGGAAUCAAGCCUCUACGCGAGGCUGUUGCUCAUCUCUACAACGAACACCAUCGUCAAGGCCAGGAAAGCAAGUAUACGUGGGAGAAUGUGUGCAUCGUCCCAGGAGGCCGCGCCGGCUUGAUCCGUAUUGCCGCUGUGCUUGGAAACGCUUACCUGGGCUUCUUCAUUCCCGACUACACGGCGUACAACGAGAUGUUGUCGUUGUUUAGGAAUUUCGCUCCGAUCCCCAUUCCUCUUGAUCGUGGAGAUCACUUCCAGAUUCACGAGGAAAAGAUUGAAGAUGAGAUUCGCCGUGGCACGUCGGUCAUCUUGACGUCCAACCCUCGCAAUCCGACUGGCCGUAUGGUUAGUGUCCCAGAGCUGGCCAAGAUCCAGGAUAUCUGCAGAGACCGUGCCACCUUGAUUAUGGACGAAUUCUACUCUGGGUACAAUUACACCACCGAGUGCGAUGGAAAGGUGAUCAGCGCAGCCGACAACAUCGACGAUGUGGACGAGGAUGAUGUAUUGAUCAUUGAUGGCUUGACCAAGCGAUUCCGCUUGCCAGGAUGGCGUGUAGCCUGGAUCCUUGGUCCAAAGGAGUUCAUCAAAGCACUUGGCAGCUGCGGCUCUUAUCUCGAUGGCGGAACCAAUGUUCCGUUCCAGGAAGCUGCGGUGCCUAUGCUCCAGCCUGACAAGGUAAAACACGAGAUGAAAGCCCUUCAGGGUCACUUCAGGAUGAAGCGCGACUACGUGAUCGGCCGCCUUCAGGCAAUGGGCUUUCAAUUCGAUUACAAGCCUGACAGCACUUUCUACAUAUGGCUCAACCUUGAGCACCUGCCAAAGAGCAUCAACGACGGACUGAACUUCUUCCAGGCUUGUUUGAGAGAAAAGGUCAUCGUCGUCCCAGGCAUCUUCUUCGACCUCAACCCAGCUCGCAGACGUGAUCUCUUCGACAGUCCAUGUCAUCAUUUCGUACGAUUGUCGUACGGUCCUCGCAUGGAUACACUGAAGCAGGGUCUUGACGGCUUUGAGCGCAUUCUCAAGAAGUAUAACUGUCUGCCAAAGGACUACGAGCAACACGCCACGGAAUUGCCAGUUUGUGAAGGGCAAGGACAACACCCUUGA